UUUGUAUUUCAGCUAUAUAGAGGGAAGGCGAAAAGAUAUACAGAGAGAAGUUAGAUAAUAACGAAGCGGUUUUGGGGGUAUUUGGUAAACGUUGAUUAUUCAGGUGAUAAAUUGUUGAGAGGAAAAAGCGGUUUUUGGAAAUCCAAAAAAGGUGGUAUUGGUUACUGAUUACAAGACUCAAAAAGGGCAAAGAGUGGUUUUGUAACUGAAAAAAAGCAAAGUUGUAGAAAAAAAAAAUCAGUAGAAAGAGCACAAAAGCAGUUACAUACACUUAUGUGUGUUUACAUUUAGAGAGAGAAAGGUGCAGAAAAUGGGUGAUUAUUAUUAACUAUUUUGUUUGCUAGCUAAAAUGGAUCUUUGCAAGUUUUUGGUUUGGAUUUGUAAUGAUGAUAAUUGGGUAUGUUGAAGUGCGUGAACACUGAGAAAGGCCAUAGAGGAGCUUCUGAGUCAUAAAAACAGUAGGUAUGGGAACUGAGGAUUUGUAUAGAGAUCUCUGGAAGGCAUGUGCAGGGCCUUUAGUUGAUGUUCCUCGGGAAGGAGAGCGAGUUUACUACUUUCCACAGGGUCACAUAGAACAAUUAGAGGCUUCGACAAAUCAAGCAGUGAAUCAACAAGUUCCUCAGUUUAAUCUUUCUUCUAAGAUACUCUGCCGCGUUUUUCACGUUCAGUUACUGGCGGAGACAGAGACCGAUGAGGUCUAUGCCCAGAUCACAUUGCACCCUGAGCCGGAGCAAGAGGAGCCUUCUAAACCUGAUCCAUGCCCACCUGAUCUGCCAAAACGAACGGUUCACUCGUUCUGUAAGAUCUUAACCGCAUCAGAUACAAGCACGCAUGGAGGAUUUUCUGUUCUUCGGAAGCACGCUAAUGAAUGCCUCCCGCAACUGGACAUGACUCAGGCGACUCCGACCCAAGAUUUGGUUGCCAAAGAUCUUCAUGGGUAUGAGUGGCGAUUUAAGCAUAUCUUUAGAGGCCAACCUCGAAGACACUUGCUUACUACUGGAUGGAGUACAUUUGUAACAUCCAAGAGAUUGGUUGCUGGCGAUGCUUUUGUAUUCCUGAGGGAUGAUAGUGGAGAACUGCGUGUUGGGGUUAGACGUCUUGCUCGUCAGCAAAGCCCUAUACCUCAAUCUGUGAUAUCCAGCCAAAGUAUGCAUCUUGGAGUUCUUGCCACUGCAUCUCAUGCUAUUACAACACAGACUCGGUUUGUUGUGUAUUAUAAACCAAGGACAAGCCAAUUUAUAGUUGGAUUAAACAAGUAUCUGGAGGCUGUGAGUCAUGGGUUCUCAGUGGGUAUGCGUUUCAGGAUGAGGUUUGAAGGAGAAGAUUCUCCUGAAAGAAGGUUUACAGGAACUAUUGUUGGAACUGGUGACAUUUCCUCACAAUGGUCAGAAUCUAAAUGGCGAUCCUUGAAGAUUCAAUGGGAUGAACCAGCAUCCAUGGUAAGGCCGGACAGGGUUUCACCAUGGGAGAUAGAGCCUUUUGUUGCUUCUACUUGUGUAGAUGUUGCACAACCAGGAAUAAAGAGCAAAAGACCCCGUCCCCUUGAUCUUCCCCGCUCUGAGAUUGCUGUUGCCUCUGCUGCUUCUCCAUUCUGGUGUCCUGGAUCUGGUCCUACUCUUGAAGUGAGUCAUUUAGGUGGUAUUACAGAAGUGCAAAGCCGUGAUAACCAACUAUUUUGGUCCUCGAAGCAGAGUAGCAGCCUCUCCAACGGCAUGAGCAACACUAGUUGUAGGACACAUCUCAGUGGAGCUUGGCAGCAUAAUAUGCUUGCAAAUGGUUCCCUCAAUCUGCUCCGAGACUCUAUUGAAGACAACAAGCAGCUGAUCACACGAUCAGCUCUGUUGGAUUAUGGUUCUCCGAUGUCUUCAAGGGUAAGUAGUGGCCUGUUACAUGACCAAGUCAAUAGGGGUAGCAAACAUGUGAUCUCUUCUGCUUGUCGGUUAUUUGGAAUUGACUUGCGGAACAACUCUAAUAAUACGCCAUCUAAGGCGAAAGAAAUGCUUGGUCCCAACAUUACAUCGAACUGCGCUGAUGAGGCACCUGUUGUGCAUGACGAGUCUGAAGUUGAUAAGGACCAGAAUGUUGGGCAUCUGAAUCCUUCAGAAGAAAAAAAACAAUUCCAAUUGGAGGCACUACCAAAGGAUACACAAAAGCAAGGCCCCACUUCGUCAAGAACUCGUACUAAGGUGCAAAUGCAAGGGGUUUGUGUUGGACGUGCAGUUGACUUGACUGCACUAAGUGGCUAUGAUGAUCUCAUCAGUGAAUUGGAGAAGAUAUUUGAUAUCAAAGGAGAGCUUUGCCCUCGAAACAAAUGGGAAGUUGUGUACACGGAUGAUGAGGGUGACAUGAUGCUUGUGGGGGAUGAUCCAUGGCUAGAGUUCUGCAAGAUGGUGAGGAGGAUAUUUAUAUAUUCCAGCGAGGAAGUGAAGAAGAUGACUCCUAGAUGUAAGCUUCCUAUCUUAUCAUUGGAAGGUGAAGGGACAAUGCCGAGUGUAGAUUCAGAGCUAAAGGCUGAGGGUUGAUUCAGACUUGCACAAAAUUGUUAAUACAAGGGCGUAACGACUAGACAUGUUUUUUUCUUUACUUAAUAUUUGCGUGUUUCUCUCCUAUCUCGUAAGAAAAACUAGGAAGACUGGGGUUAGUGAUUUGCUCCUAAGUAGAAGAGCAGUAAGGAAGUAGAUUAAUGUUAGAAUUUACUAAUGUUGUAGUCACAAGAAACUUGGUGAAAGUUAGCUGUGGAAAAAUGUGAAUACUUUUGUGGUUGUUGACAGCUUUUGAUUUGAUCAGUCUGUGGAAAAAGCAAAAAAGCUUAGACAUGCUUGUUUCUUGAUGGCAAA